AUGAGCGCAACCAUCGAGUCGCAGAAGCCGGUACACACCAUCGUCCUGGAUACUGGUGCUAUUAUCCGCAACCAUCCUACUGUAUCGACUCUCCUGGCGCAAUCCGAGCAAAUCGUCACUGUCCCCGCCAUCAUCACCGAAAUCAGAGAUGCUGCCACCCGUACGCGUGUAGAGACGCAACUAAUGCCCUUCCUGACUAUCCGUUCGCCGACUCCCGCUAGCAUCAAGUUUGUCACCGACUUUGCCCGCAAGACUGGUGAUCUGGACGUUCUCUCCAAGCCCGAUAUUCAGAUUGUUGCCCUAGCCUAUGAGUUAGAGUGUGAGCGCAAUGGUGGCGACUGGAGGUUGAGGAAAAAUCCUGGACAAAAGGGCAUGAACGGCAAGCCCCCGGUCAAGGAGGACGUCAAGUCUGAGGAGGCCGCCGACGGCAAGCAGGAGGACGCGACCGAGACCAAGCAAGACGAGACCACCGAGACGCUGCCUGAGAACUCCAGCACCGAUUCGUCUGUUCAGCAAAUCUCCGAAGAUUUGGCCAAGUCAGAGAUCGACGAGGUAGAGCCUUCCUCCUUUGAGGAACCCGUCGCUCAAGAUGCCCAACCUGCCGAUUUGGCCCAAACCACCGCGACUGCACAAGAGGAGGCCGAGGACACUGGCGAAGACUCUGAUGGAGGCUGGAUCACUCCCUCGAACCUGAAGAAGCACCAGGAAAAGGACUCGUCUGGCAGCACCGAGAGCACCCAAUCGGCCCAAAGCGUUCUCCAGGUUGCAACUCUGACGACAGAUUUCGCCAUGCAAAACGUCCUUUUGCAAAUAAACCUCAACUUGAUCUCUCCGACCAUGCAACGCGUGAAGCACCUCAAGACGUACAUCCUGCGCUGCCACGCCUGCUUCUGCACAACCAAGGAGAUGAGCAAGCAGUUCUGUCCCAGAUGCGGCAGUCCCACACUCACAAGAGUGGCUUGCAGCACAACUUCCAACGGCGAGUUCAAGUUGCACUUGAAGAAGAACAUGCAAUGGAACACCCGCGGCGAUCGCUUCAGCAUCCCCAAGCCCGUGCACGGAAGCGCAAACGGAAGAGUUCAAGGUGGAGGUAAGGGGCACUGGGGCAACGAUCUCAUCCUUGCAGAGGAUCAGAAGGAGUUCACCAGACAUCAUGAGGAGGAGAAGAGAAGGAAGGAAAGAGACUUGAUGGACGAGGACUAUCUGCCCAGCAUCCUGACCGGAGCCCGCAACAACAGGUCCGGUGGCCGGAUGAAGGUAGGUGGCGGCCGCAACGUCAACUCGAAGAAACGAUAG